AUGCGGACCGCGUGCGGGUCGAGGGCGUCGACGGGGCCGACGGCCGACUGGCGAUCGGCACCGAGGACUGGUUCGUCGAUCCGGAGCACCCCGACGACAUCUACAUGGCGUUCCAGUACUUCCACUACCGUGCCACGUCCGGCACGCUGCUGGCCCGGUCGCCGGACUCCGGCCGGAGCUACCGGGUUCGUGAGCUGGAUCGUUCCGCCGGCGCCCGAGGCCGAUCCGGCCGGCCGGGCGACGUUCGAGCCGGCGAUCGAGUACGUCGGCGACCGCACGAUCGUGGCCGUGCUGCGCGACGCGGCCCGGCGCGAACGCGGGGACCCGGGCUGCACGUGGCAGGCGGUCAGCACCGACAUGGGCGCGUCAUUCUCCGCGCCGGUGGACAUCAGCGACCGGAUCGACGGCGGCGUUCCCGGCGGGCUCUGGCAGCGCGCACGUCUCUACCAGGAGAGCAACCCGAGCUUCCAAUGCGGGAACCGACUCGACUUCGCCGCGGGCGAGGGGAGGCUGUGGGGCUUCGGUCUCCACAGCAUCGGCGGCGGUUAUACGCGCAAGCCGGUCGUCUACCACUCGCAUGACCACGGCCGUUCCUGGCGCGGACCCGAGCUGCUGCACGGGCCCAUGCGUCCGGGCACCGACACCGGCUACGGCGAUCUCAAGCGCCGCGUCGACGGCACGUUCGUGGCCGCCACCUACUACGCGAACCGGGACUCCACGGUCGCGGACGUCGAGCAGUACACCUUCGGCGGCGAACGCGCUCAGGUGAUGGUGGAGGCGGACCGGGACGGCGACGGCAUGCCGAACCUGGACUCCGGCUGGCGCGAGCUCCACGACGGGGAGAACUUGGUAACGGUGUCGGGGCUGCCGGCCGAGCGCUGGCGGCUGCGGCUGGCGCUGAGCGCCACGGAGACCUCGGGGUGGCCGUCGGUCCGCCGCUUCACGGUCACCCCGAGUUAG